GCGGAGCGAAAGAUACGACCUUAUAUAUGCUUAGAGCGCUCAACUUCAGUUUACAAUUGACAAACAGAGAGUAGUAACCUAUUGCACGGUGGGUUGAGCAACGGCGUGAACGCUGGCGUCUCACGGCAAGUAACGGGGAGUCAUCUGUUGCACGACCACCUUGAGGUGAUCAGAUCAGAGGUGAUCAGUAUUUGAUUAAAAGGAGCCACUGCACUGUAAUCAAGGCACCAAGCUGCAUAUUAUCUGAACAUUUGAAAACAUGGUGCAAAACAAAAUCACGGAGGUCACAGGAUUCCAUCGCUCCUUCAAGGGGCAAAAUCCUUUUAAGACCGAUGAAUUUGUUGAUUCGGGACCCCAUGUUGACUCAUCCUUCAAGUUAGACCGCUCGCCAAGGCCUGAAAUGCCAUCCAGCCAGCCCAUCGAUAUCCCUGAUGCCAAGAAGAGAAAUAAAAAGAAAAAGCGAUGCAGAGCCACUGACAGUUUCUCCGGACGUUUUGAAGAUGUUUACAAACUGCAAAAUGAGAUUCUUGGAGAAGGGGCUUAUGCUGUUGUUCAGACCUGCAUCAAUCUGAUCACCAAUAAAGAAUAUGCAGUAAAGAUAAUUGAGAAGAGGCCAGGCCACAGUCGGAGCCGUGUUUUCAGGGAGGUGGAAAUGCUCUACCAGUGCCAGGGCCACAGAAACAUUUUGGAACUGGUUGAAUACUUUGAGGAAGAGGACAAAUUUUAUUUAGUCUUUGAGAAACUGAGAGGUGGAUCUAUUUUGACUCACAUACACCGAAGACAACACUUCAACGAGCAGGAAGCCAGCAUAGUGGUGCAGGACAUCGCCAGUGCUCUGGACUUCCUACACAACAAAGGUUGGGACCUUUUUAGUGUUGAUAUGACAUCAUGCAUUCUAUAUGUUAUUAAUAUAGAUGAUCGUUAUGUCUUGUUAGGAAUGGCACAUCGAGACCUAAAGCCAGAGAACAUCCUCUGUGAACAUAGUGACAGGAUCUCUCCUGUGAAGAUCUGCGAUUUUGAUUUAGGAAGUGGAAUCAAACUGAAUAGUGACAGCUCUCCCAUCUCCACCCCUGAGCUCUUGACUCCGUGUGGUUCAGCUGAAUACAUGGCCCCUGAGGUGGUAGAGGCCUUUAAUGAGGAAGCUAGCAUCUACGACAAGCGCUGUGAUCUGUGGAGCCUUGGCGUGAUCCUCUACAUCAUGCUGAGUGGAUACCCGCCCUUUGUGGGCCGCUGUGGAACAGACUGUGGUUGGGACUGGGGAGAGCCCUGCCAAGCCUGCCAGAGCAUGCUGUUUGAGAGUAUUCAGGAAGGCAAGUAUGAGUUUCCAGAGAAGGACUGGGCACACAUCUCCCCUGCAGCCAAAGACCUCAUCACCAAGCUGUUGGUGCGGGACGCCAAAGACCGCCUCAGUGCUGCCCAGGUUCUGCAGCACCCUUGGGUCAAGGGGUGUGCACCCAAUGCUGUUUCUGCAUCCAUAUUACAUCAGAGGGGUGGUAGCGCUCAGGACCUGACGUUCUUUGCAGGGCAGGCCGUAGCCAUGAACCGGCAGCUGGCUGAGAGGGAAGAGAGCGAGGAGCAGCAGCAGCAGCUAGAGAAGGAGCUUUGCUCUCCGCUCAUCCUCUCCUCCGGGUCCGGCUCCAUGCUGCUGUCUCCUUCCUCCAGGUCCAGGCUGGCCCUCCGCAGGAAGACCGCAGGCAGCCAGCACAGAGGGCCGGUGUGCGCCACUGAAUUACGCCAGCUCCUCGCCCCGCUUGUGAUCGUAGGAGACUGUGCCUGAUCCCAACUGUGUUUUUCCAGCCUCUGCCCUCCACUGAUGACUAUUGAUGACACUCUAUCGGCAUCUUCAACUAGGCAGUGCUUUGAUAUUUUGACCUCUCUGCCCACUUAUUUUGUGGGCUCUAAGCUCUUGUGAGAAUGAUUCUCAUAUUUGUAGCACUUAAAGCACCUCAAAGGCCCCUGCUAACAGUUUUGAUUGGGUAAAAAGCUUGUUGUGGCCAGAAAAAAAGACUUGUUGAUGUCUGAGUCCCAGGAAUCUGUCUAUAUAAUGUUUACGAAAAACUUUGGGAACCAAAGGACUUAACUUCAUCAUCUAAAGCUGAACCCCACCAAAGCCAUUUGAUUUCUAAGCAUCAGGAAAAACAUUCAGCUCUUUGCCUUUUGAGCUCACAUGGGGACCCCCAGCGGCCAAAUCAUUCAAUUUUGUACUUGUGUCAUAUUUGAGACUAAUUUCUCGCUCUCAAAAUUAUAUUCAUGGCUGACUGAGACUAUGUAAGGGUUGCUGGGACCUAAGUGGCAAAUGAUUUAUUAUUCAAGUUAUCCAGGGCAGAAAUUGCAGCCAUGAUGUGUGGGGUUUCUCUAGUCUGAAUCAUCAAGGACCUCAUUUACCAGUUUCACUCCACUACAGCAGAAACCUCAGGAUCUCUCUCCGAAUGAGAAACCAAAGCAUAUUUUAAAGCAGAAAAACUCAAUUUAUGUUAAUUCAUUGGUGUUUUUACGUUUUAGUUUUGUCCUUGCACUGGAAAAUUUUGCCUUUUUUCAGGGAGAUGGAGCAGUGCAGCACAACUGUUGUACUUGGCCUCUUAGGAAAACGGGAAUUAGUUGCAUAAUCAUAUUUCCUCCCCCUUUUUAUUUCAUGUUUCAUCCCCUUUUGACCUGCAAUAUAAGGAACUGCCAGAGGUCCACUUCAAUAUCCUAUUGCAAAUUUAGAGCAAUUCUCUACCAUUUUCAUUUCCAACUACAUUUUCACCAUUCAUUCAGUUAGUCAUUGAACAUUUUGUGAACACACGGGCUCUGUCAAUGACUCCAUUCACUGUUUGAAUAAAGGUGAUUUAUUCCAUAAAAAAAAACCUUAAGUCCUUUUGUACUUGUAGACCUGAUAUCUAAUGAAAAGGUGACGCUCAUUAUGCAAGAAACUUCCAAACAUACCAGUGUGCUAUGCUGCUUUUUGUGUGUGUGUGUGUGUGACAGAAAGGGAGAUUUUCAUCUUCCUUUUUUAAAAUGUCUGUUUUUUUGUUUUUAAACAUUUAAGGAUGUAGAACUUGUAUGAGAGAAUGUGAGGAUUUCCCCAGUCUUUUUUUUUUUUUUUUUUUGGGUGGGGGCGUGUUGGGGUCCUCUGCACAGAUUAACAGCUCAAAUUGUUCCUAAAUGCUACUUGUUACUGUUCCACUUUUUUUUUUUUUUUUUUUUUUUUCCUAACAUGACUGUAGACACUUUAAUCUUUAAAAGGUAUUCUUGAAUGGCCUCACCAGCAAACAUGCAACUCAACAAGGAACAAAACCAAGAUCUCCUUCCUGAGUGAAGCAAAGCUGAUCAUUAUUUUAUUUUAUAUGGUGAUAUUUUUUUUUUUUUUUAUUCUUUAACUGCAUACACUGUUGAUUUUCCUUUUUUCUGAUGGAAAUCACCUUGGAAUAUGCUGAGUUUAGUCUUUCUUUGAAAAUGACCUCAUUGUUUUUAUUUUUUUACUUGCCAUUGCAUUUUCAUUUAAUUUUUGAACCCCCUCAUACAUGAAAAUUACUAGUCUACACUUAUUUUAGGGACCAGUGGUGUAGCUUUCAUGUUUAUCUUGUAUUUUCAUGUGGUUGUACCGUUUUUUUUGUUUCUCAUCUGACCGGGGGGGCCAAAAAUAAAGAACAUGGAGAAUUGUUCAACAAUG